AUGGCCGCAACGGCCCGCUGGUGGGCCUCCGGGACAGAGACACCGGCGGCUACCCGCAACACCAAGAUCACCGCCCUCGCCGCCGCCUAUGCGUUGCUCUUCGCCCCCCUCGCCUCCUCCCAACAGACAUUCCCCUACGUCCCGACCACCGUCUUGCUCUCCUCCUCCCUGCCGGGCUCGCCCGUCAACGACAGCGGCGGCAAUGACGGCCUCGCUUACAUCUUUCACCCGCGCGCCAGCAGUGUUGAGCUUCUGGCCGUGAACAUCUCCGCGACGGUCUCCGGCGCCGCGAGCCUCCAGACCAUCUCGACGAGCCUGCCCUUCCUCGACGGCGCAUCCGACACAACGGCCUUCCUCCCCACCAUGGCCGACGACGGCUCCGUCGUGGUUCAGGCGGGGGACUGCGCCUCUAGCCACGGCUACGACGUCUGGGCUUACACACCACCCGAGUCCGGGGCUGACGCCAGUCCCGGGUCGUGGAACAGGGCCGAAGCAACAUUACCGAGCAACGCGGACUCGGAUGCCGGGCCAUACGCCCUCGGCGCCGGCAUCAGCUUCUCGCUGACCCUUGCGCCGACCCUGUCUGAGCCCGUGCUCUACUCGUACGGCGGCAUGUGUCUCACCACGACGACGAACGAAUCCGCGUGGCAGGCCGAUGCGACGUACACCAAGUCAAUGCUCAGGGUGACCCGCUCGGGCUCGAGGCUGCCCGCAUACACGGCCGAGUUCGUCUCCGGAAAAGGCCCCGCGUUCCCCGAGGCGGGCUUCUCCUUCACGCCGCUCAGCCCCUCGAUUUCGAACCGGUCCGGCGUCGUUACGCAACAGGCGCGCUUCGUCCUGCUGGGCGGCCACACUCAGCAGGCCUUCAUCAACAUGAGCUCCGCCGCCAUCUGGAGUCUACCUGAGGAGUCGUGGAGCUUCGCCAACGUCGGGUCCUCGAGCGUCGGCAGCACCGAGCUCGCCGUCAAGGAAUUGGAGAAGCGCGGGGGCGCGGUCGACGUGGAUAGCCGGUCGGGCCACACGGCGGUCCUGAGCGAGGACGGCACUUAUAUCAUCGUCCUGGGCGGCUGGGUCGGCAGUGUGUCACAGCCUGCAUCGCCGCAGCUGGCCCUGUUGAAGAUGGGCGAUACGUACGGCGACUGGACGUGGUCGAUCCCUUCGCAGCAGCCAGACGGCGGGAUCUACGGCCACGGAGCGGCGAUAUUACCCGGGAACGUUAUGAUGGUUUAUGGAGGGUACGAAACCACGACUUCCGGUUCCAAAGCGAAGAGACAAGCGAGCGGGACGGGUCUGAGGUUUUUCAACUUAACUUCCAUGUCUUGGAUCUCGAGCUAUUCCAACCCCAAUCAUGACAGCUCUUCGGAUGAAUCCGGUGACAGCUCUGAUGGGAACAACAUGAUCAAGAAUAUCGGGCUUGGCGUGGGCUUGGGCGUAGGCCUCGCUGCUGUGGUCGGCGCCUUCAUCGUUUAUUUCUGUUACAAGAGACACCUGCGAAAGAGGAAGAAAGCUAGAGACGAGACGGUGCGAUCCCUGGCGCAAGAUGCGUCGCGCUUCCUGCACCCGGAUGACGACAUGUCGGAGCGCGACGACGGCCCCAUGUUCCCCUGGACAGGUCACGCUUGGUACACGGGAGGUCCCGAUCCUUAUGAUUCGAUUGACAGGUCACUCGGGUACGAGUCGCUGAGGUCGGGUCAGAAUCCGGGAGGGCAGGGUACAUACCAACCACCCGGCCUCCUCAUCCCACGUAAACCAAUCCCCCGUGCGGCCAGGGGCGCGUAUCAGCCCGCCGCAAAUCUCAGUACACCGGGACACAUCCACCCAAUUUACGAAGCCGACGAAGACGACCCCGAGCACGGCAACAACACAAGCGCCUCGCGGCACAGCGAUCAGAAGCCUGAAACGCCGACCACGCCGAGGCAUGCCGACCCGUUCAUGACCCCGACGGGCCCCAUCCCCAUUCUAAACCCGGGCAAUCGCAACUCCAUGACCCCCAGCCCCGAGGCUUUCCAUAGACGGGACCCGGAGGUGCAGGACUGGCAGUCUGAUGUUGACGCCGCCGAAGCCCUCCUCGCGCGCAUGCCGUCGCGGCGCAACAGCCGCGUCUCUCCCACGCGCCGCGAGUCGAUGCGCUCGGCACGCUCCAUGGCCGACGACGAGCGUACAGAGAGCAACGUAUCCGAGUCAGCGCGGAGCGCCAUCAGCGUGCCGACGCGCCAGGCGUCUACGCGGCGCGCGAGUCCGGGGCCGAACAACCUGUCCAUCAUCACCGACACCCGCCUGGACACGUCGUCGUCGAGCAGCAGCGGGCAGACGUACUCGACUGCCAAGACCACAUUCAACGCCCUCCAGGCAGAGGGCCCGUCGCUGCUGCUCCAGGGAAAGCGUCCACCCAACGAGAACGCGGACGACGACGACGACGAGGACUUUAUCCACAUGCCGGGCAGCCCCAGCAAGCACAAGCCGCGGAGGUCGCUCGGCUGGCUGGGCAGCCUGAGGCGGGUCUUUAGCAGCAACGUCAACGACUCGUCGGACUCGAGCAACCAGGAGAGCCCGCGACGCCUGUCGCUGGACCAGGUCAGCUCGGACUACGAGCCGCGCCUGAUCGGACUCUCGGGGAUCGGCGGCGCCGAACUCCUACGCAGAAAGCAGGGCCGGCACGACUGGGACGUCGACCAGAAGUCCCUCGACGAGUGGGACAUUGAGAAGGCGAUUGAGCAGCGGCUUGUGCAGGUCAUGUUCACCGUGCCCAAGGAGAGGCUGCGGGUUGUUAACGCCGAGGUGGAGAGAGAAGAGGAGGUCAUCCUCGUGGACCCAGAUAAGGACGAGAUGGACGGGCUGGACGAGUCAAACGCGGACCUCGAGAAGAGGGCGCUGAAGGAGGAGUACAGGGACAAGGGCAAAGGCAAGGCACCAGCCGACGACAACGAUGACGAGCCGCCGCCGCCGCCGCCGAGGCAGCACCGGAGGCCGGAGUCGCCCGGGGAUGGAUCGCCCGUGCGCGGGCGGCGGUUGGUCCACCUCCCGCCGCCGAGAGACGACGGCACGGGCCACCAACACCCGCUGCCCAGCAGGGAGGACUCGGCGGAGCCACGGCCAUCGCUGACGCUGCGCACAGCCGAGGUCGUGAGCGUGUCGCGACCGAAGACGAGGGUUCUCAGGAUGGUAGAGAGCUUCGAGUCGCGGAGCAGGGAGGGUAGUCCGUCUCUUGGCUAG